AUGUAGCAUCAUCAUGAUAAUGAUUAAUUCUCAAGAUCAGUAAUAAUUCUUAGAGAUAUACUGGGUUCAAUUGAAAGAAUGAUAGCCAUUCUCAUUGAGGUAUGUGAUAGAAAAUGGCCAUUUUAGUUAUCUCCUAGACAGGUAAUGAUAAUUCCUGUAAAAGGAUCUCAAAGUCUAAUGCAAAGGAAAUUUAUGAUUAAUUGUAUAAGUUAGGAUUUGAAGUAGAAUUGGAGGAUACUGAGCAGAUUUUGGGGAAGAGGAUAAGAAUAAGAGGGAGAUGUUACACUUCAAUUAUAUUAUAACUGUUGGAGUCAAGGAGUAAGAGUCAAACACAGUUUAUGUUAGGGAGAGAGGAGACAAUCAUAAGCAUAAAUCAAUGCAGAUAGAUGA